UUGAAUUUAUGAUAGCAACAAAUACCAGGUUCUUUUGUUCCGUUAUUCACUUCUAAUUUAAUUAUUACUCUCUUGAUUGUUCUUUGAAAUAUUAUAUUAGUUCUUUUUUUUACUAUGCCUCCCAAUAUUAGAAAACAUGAGUCUGGGUAUGAAAAACGUAAGAAAAAAAAAUUGAGGAGUUAACUCAAUCUCAAAAAGGAGCUCUUGAUAAAUUUAUUAUAAAAGAACCAUUAGUUUCUUUAGAAAAUCAUAAUUAUGACAUUGUUGAUGUUGAAAUUCCUGAAAAUAUGGUUCCUAAUGAAAAUGUUAGUAUUGAGAAUCAAAAUGAAAGUGUUGAUGUGGAAAAUAGAGGUGAUGUGCCUAUUGAAAAUAUUAAUGUGGAAAAUAAUAGUGAUGUGUCAUUUAAAAAUGAUAAUAUGGAAAAUCAAAAUCAUAAUACUACAAAUAGUGAUGGUGAUCAUUUGAAUAAUUCACUUAAAAACGAAGAUGUUUUAGAGGAUAAUGAUGAUAACAAUGCAGAGCAAUCAAACCCACUUGAACAUUUGCUUGAUAUAUUUGAUCCAAAAAAUUGGGAUGCUCUUGAUUCAAAAAUGAUUGAUUUAUUAGUGUUGAAGGGUCCAAAAAGAGAUUAUUCUGUUAUGAGUGGUUCUAAAACUAAAUUUUCUAGACGAUUCACUGCUAAUUUGUAUACUAGAGUUUUAUCAAAUGGAGAGAAGUGUGAUCGAGAUUGGCUUGUUUAUUCAAAAGAGUUAGAUAGAGUAUUUUGUUUUUGUUGCAAAGUUUUUAAAAGUGGGAUUGGUAGAGGCAUGUUAACAAAUGAAAGCUUUAGUGAUUGGGCGCAUAUUGGUGAAAGACUUAAAGAGCAUGAGAUUAGCAUGGAACAUGUUAAAUAUAUGACCACUUGAUAUGAAUUGCGUAUAAGGCUUAAAAAGAAUCAAACGAUUGAUAAAACUACUCAAAGGCUAAUUGAAAAAGAAAAAGAUCAUUGGAAAAAAGUUUUACUAAGAAUUAUUUUAAUAGUGAAAUUUCUUGCUAAACAUAACUUGGCCUUUUGUGGUUCUAAUGAGAAAUUGUAUCAAAAUAGUAAUGGAAAUUUUUCGGGCUUAAUUGAAAUGUUGGCAGAG